AUGUCUGAUAUAUAUUCUAAUAUAAAUUCCUAGCUACAUUCCAAUUAGAAUUUAUCUCUUUACGCAAGGCAUUAAAAAGAGGCAAGAAUAGAGCAUUCAAAGUUGACCCCUGAAGAAUAAAAAGAAAAAUUGCUUCAAGUUUUUAAUAACCGACCACCCGUAUUUUCAGAUGAAGCCAAAGUACCUCCAAAACAGAUCACAGCCACUCAAGGAUCACAAAGAUAGAAAUUGCAAAUGGGAAUUAUUAAUCCAAUACACUAAUUUGAAGACCCGAGAGUCAUUAAAAAUGAAGCUAAAUAAAAGGAGUAGGAAUGGUAUGCUUAAAGGAUGAAAUAAAAGUAGAGACCUAAACCAGAGGAUCCACUAGUUGAACCUCAAGCAGAUUUGGUGUUGUAGGCAAACAAAAUUGACUUGAAACCUCCUCCCAUGUUAGAGAAAGAGAAGCCAUUAAUGUAAGAGCAUCUAGCUAAUCCUUAUAUUUAUAUAAAGAAGAUUUUCAAAAAGAAUUCAGUCGAAUCUUAGAUGAAACACCCAGAUAUUUGGGAUAAGAGCACUCAUGUCGAAUCUUUGAGAAUCAACAAAGUAAUGAAAUAGGAGGGAAAGAAGAGACCUUAAUCUGCAAAAGUGAUUCAAUAGUAACAAGUACCACCAUAGGAUAAACAGAAGGAAAAACUGAAUAAAAAAGAAAGAGAAGAUUUUUAUUUGAAAAAUCUAAAAAUGAAAGAAUUUCUAUUCAAAUUUUUUAAGACGAUCAACCAUCUGCUCAAGGCUAGGAAAUAUAAUAAAAUUAUUUAUAAAGGAGAUCAAUAGAAUUAUGAUUUGAGCACUUUAUUCAAUUUAUGGGCAGAGCAUAAGAAAUUCAAUUUCAAAUCCAAUCCUGAGAAAUAUAUUACAAAGGAAUAAUUUGUGGACUUUUUGUUAUUGAUUGGACUUGAUCCGGACAGAUCUCAUGAGGCUGAACGAUUUUUUGAUUAUUGUCAUGAUGAUGUUGUUAAGGCACCUGGAAUUGCUCAAUAGGAAUAAAGUACUUAAGCUUAGCAAGACUCUAAGUGGUUCAGAUUAUUUAAGGGAUUGAAAAAUAAAUUUUGA